AUGAAACCAAUUUCUAUUAUAAUUAGCAGCCUUCCUCCAAACGCUUCCAGUGAGCCAGCUCGCAACUUGGCAGAACCAAAAGACACCCCUUUUACUUCAGCUGAACUAGCAAAGUUCGAUGGAACUGAUCCAAAAGGUCCGAUAUAUGUUGCGAUUAAAGGUACAAUAUUUGAUGUAACAGAAAAACGCGAUUUUUAUGGAUUAGGCGGUUCCUAUCAUGCAUUUGCUGGUAAAGAUGCUUCAAAGGGUCUUGCUACGUCUACAUUGGAAGAUGUAUCUGGUGACUAUAGUUCUUUAAAUGAAUCUCAGCUUAAAACUCUUGAUAAUUGGUAUUCAUAUUUUGAACAAAGAUACAAUAUUGUAGGGAAAGUUAUCUCUUAA